AGGAGAUAAAGGAGGUGUGGAAAACAGUGAUAAUAAGAGUGCAAGAAAUGAGAUGUCCAUAGCAGAAAUCAUCUCGGUUUCAAUUCUGUUCAUCAGCUUAGGGGUGUUGCACCCACACCUGUACCAGCUAUGGAUUCAUUUAAGACUGUACUCAAGUUCCUCACCAAUCAGAAGACCACUAUGGGGUACUGCUUCAUGGCUGUUGUGACAAUAGGUAGUGAACGAAUUUUUUCCGUGGUGUCUUUCCAUUGUCCAUGCAACCGUAGUCAGAAUUUUGCCUAUGGAUUAACUUUUCUGCUUGGCCCCGCUGUUGUCUUGCUGGCGAUUGGUCUCUUUGUUUGUACACGUCUUUGGCGGUUAUGUACAGGGUGUUAUCUCAACCCUUCCAAACUCUGCCCCAGGGGUAACUUCGUGGGAUGCACAAAAGUAAUUGUAAAAGUGCUGUCUGGAGCCUGCAUUGCCCCUGUCAUGUGGCUUAGUGUAGCACUUUUAAAUGGAACUUUUUAUGAGUGUGCUGUUAGUGGCCUGGAUGAAAGUGUGGUGGUGCAAAUGUUCUGCAAAAACAAGACACCUACAUGCCAGGACGAGUUGCCCAGAGUGCCCUGCAGCAAGUCCCAGCUUCCUGAGAAUGAAAACACGGAACUGCUUUUGAUGUUGCGAGCCCAGUCACAGAUCCUCGGCUGGUCCAUCAUUAUCAUAUCGGCAACAGUAUUGCUAAUUGGGAAUUGCUUUAAGAACUGUCGCUCUCAAGUAAGCUACCUUCAGUUAACUUUCCAGAAGAUCUACAUGGAGAAGGAAAAUGAACAGUUUGAGUUGUUUGCAGAAAACUAUGCUACCAAACUGGCAGAGAGAAACCUCAAGAGUUUCUUCAACAACAAAAGUCCCGAACCUUUUCCCUUACCAAAUCACAAGGUCUGGGAGGAGAUCUCUACUAUAUACACUUUUAAGAAAAGCGAACAAUACUACAGCACACUGCAGAGAUAUGUAGAGUGCACUAAUCUAGACAGCCCUGAGAAGCAACCUUUUAUGGAGGGGGAAGAUGGCACAGAGAUGGUAUAGAACACAACAUGGACUGGUAACUUAAGAGAGAACAUUUUUAAGUUGACCUGGAAGACAAAAAGCCACUGUGAAUCGAGACAGAAUUACAUUUUUGUUUGGUAGCUAUACCUGUUCUGACAGUUUUUGGAAAUGUUGUUUUGCCCAUUGAGGAAGUGGUCGUAGCAAUAUUCAAAUUUCAAACUUUGUGUAAUUUAAUACUUUUAUAUCAGUAAGCCAACACAGGCCUCAGGCCCUAGGGGUUUCACACAUUUGAGUGACACUUUUAGUAACAACAUCCAAUUUGGAUAGCAUAAUACUAAAAAUGUCAAAAAAUAAAUCACAUUCUCAGGGCAAUUGUCAUUUAGCCCUUUUGCACUCUU